GGAGGGAAGAUUGAUCCGCGUCUGUUAAAAUCUUGUUCUGGUUUUUCUUGGAGUGAGGUCUGUGCCUGCCGACGCGCCUCUCCUAUGCAGCCCCCUCAAGAAGAGCUUUUUAUGGAAGAAAACAUUGGCAUUUUUGAAAGGGAGAAGCUGCAUUAUACCAGUGAAGUGGAUAAAACGCACGACUGGGUUCUUUUUGCGUUCUCUCUUGCGUUUUCUCCUCUGGUGUCUGAAUGAAACAGGGAGACAAACAUAAGGGGAAGAGGGACGGUGCAGGUUCUGAUCUGGGAGUUGAUCUGUCAUUGUGAUUUUGGGUAGACACGUUUCCAGUGCGCACGUUUUAACUUUUAUUUCUUCAGAAACUGGUGAGCUCGACUCCUCUCUUGCACCACGGAGUUCGCUUUUCUCGGAACGAGGAGACUUUCGAGUUUUUUUCGUCUUCGGAGAAACUGCUUAAACUUUCUACGUUUAAAAAAAUAAAUAAAAAGAUCGGAUUGCAUUUUCCCCCUUCAAACAUUUUUGAGGUGAUGUCAUCGUGCUGUGUUUUGGCUGGUAUUGUGUCGAGAGGGCGCAGGGAGGACUACUGCAGCCAGGCGGUUACCAGCGGCUGAGGCAAGCGGGGAAGUCCAGAAAAUCAGGUGCAAAGUGCGGCUGUCAUUUCCUCGCUGUGUCGCGGGAGGCUGAGUCCGCCACCCAGUCACAGCUGUUCCCAUCCUCUCCAGCCACCCCUCCCUCGUCUUUCUUUCCCCUUUAUUAUCCUAUUUUCAUUCAGCACUCUCCAUAUACCCCUCUGAGCUGGACCUCUCCGGAACCUUAUCACCCUCUCUGUUGGACACUGUUGGUCGGUGUUACCUGAGCCACAGACCCGUUGAGCCAGCGUGGGGGCGCAGUCAUGACCGAGGCAACCCUGCAUUACCCUGCGCCCGCAGAGCCCCCGUCUCCAGCUCGCCGUUUGCUCCAUCAGCCAGCCCAGGUAGCCCACCUCCAACAGCUCCUGACCCUGGUCUGCUGGGACUGAACCUGCCUGUUACUCCUGCCUGUGCCGGAACAAACACUCCACUUUCUGUUAUCAUCUCACCGACUACAGAAAUUAUUUUGGUGACCAGAAACUUGCUGUUGCGCUGAAACGUUACGCAUUGGAUUACGUAGAAGAUUACGCCCGCACCGCAUCUGUCCACAGGGCCGAGCAUCACUCUGAGGGUCAACAAGGUCGAUUGCAGUUGGUUAUCUGUGACGCGUGAGCGCGCUUUCACCUGUUCCUCUCCUUGUCGAGGACGCGCAGCCUUUAAAGCCCUGACCUUCCCCCUUUGCUACCCCGCCCAUUCGUCUCUCCACCGGUCUGGACAGCUGUUAGAGGUUGCCCGGCGGUCACAGUGGCACAGUUACCCCGACCUCACACCCCAAAUUGCCCGCGCCCGCACAUUUACCCACACCGGGAAAACCUGGGCACGCCGCCGCCGAUGCCAACGGGAGUGUCCGCUGACUCUUUGACUCUGCACUACAUACAGCGGAUUCAAAACACAGAGGGGAACUCUCCGGACUGUCGGACUGGCCCAGACCGAGCGAGGAGACUGUCUCUGGGACAAGUUCCAUAGUGGAGGGGGGAAGCAAUGUGGCCCCUUCUUUCCACGCUGACCGUAUUAUGUAUCCAGAUGUUGCUGGUGAUGUGCAAUCCAUUACAGCAGGUACUUGGUGUGGAUGGGGUCAACUUCAGUGUGCAUGUGGAGAACCAGACGCAGGUGCGAGACACCAUGAGUCGGCGACACCACCGGGUCUACCAGCUCUACAGUCGCACCAGCGGCAAACACGUCCAGGUGCUAGGACGCAAAAUCAGCGCUCGAGGAGAAGAUGGAGACAAAUUUGCCCAGCUCGUAGUGGAGGCUGAUACCUUUGGUAGCCAGGUGAGAAUCCGGGGCAAAGAAACCAAUUUCUACCUGUGCAUGAACCGCCGCGGCAAGCUGGUAGGAAAGAAGGCCAGUAAUCGAAGUGAUGACUGCGUCUUUGUGGAAAAGGUUCUGGAAAACCACUACACAGCUCUGAUGUCAGCGCGCUACACAGGCUGGUAUGUUGGCUUCACCAAAAGAGGGCGUCCUCGUCGUGGCCCCCACACUCUCCCCAACCAGCAGGACGUACACUUCAUGAAGCGCUUCCCGCCUGGGGAGCAGCCCGACCUCACCACCCCCUUUCGCUUCACCACCGUCAGCAAGCGGGGCAAGCGGGUGCGUGCUACCGGGCCCCGCUAGUAGUGGCUAAUGCUAGCACCCGCUGUCUUGUCAUCUAAAGCCUUUACCAGAGCCUGCUAAUGGCUAACCCAAUCAUCUCCUCUGUCACACACGACUGAACACCUCCCUUCGUUGGGACAAACAUUGACCAGAAACUUGAUGAAUCAUUCAUGGGGUUUAGCUUUACACCUACUAAUUUGCCACUAGUUAGUGAUCAUUCCUCUCAAUUUUAGUUCCCUUACUGGACCAACUGGACCAUUACUGGACUGGUCCAUCGCUGGAAGCUCUAUGGACCUGGUCUGCUUCCCUUCCUAGGCCAGAAAUACUGACAGGGAACCUGAAGUGCAGCCAGAGUCCCAGGCUCUACGAAGGCCUUUAUUCCACAAUCUCAAAAACCACAAGGCCUUCAUGUCUCCUUUUCUGGACCAGCUGGAUAAUGUCAAGUAUGGGAUUACAGCUGGACCAUACAGAGGGAGAACAAGGGUGGGAAAGACUGACUGAACAAGAGAGUGGGUGCUUAGCCUACGGAUAAAGGGAAAAAAGGAAGAAGAAGAAGAAGAAGAAGACAGGAAAACGGCAGAGUGGACAAAGGGAUAGAGUGAUCUGCACAGAUCAAAUGGACCAAAAAUGGACUGUUGACAUGUGACACACUUAUUUUUGUCUCACUGCUAAAUUGGUGUGAACCUGUGAGACUGUUGGAUGAAUGGAUGACAUAAAGAUGCAUGAGGGAAUGAUCGAGCAAGUGACUUACUGAAUAAAUGCGUUUGUAAGAACAAGACGAUGAACUGUAUGUAAGAGUGUGUGUGUGUGUGUGUGUGUGUGUGUGUGUGUGUGUGUGUGUGUGUGUGUGUGUGUGUGUGUGUGUGUGUGUGAGCGAGUGAGUGCACCAACAACCAUGAGUGAAGCUCAUGGAUCACGAGGGACUCCGAAAAGGGACCAUCCAGUCCUGCAUGAACCUGUGACAACUCACUGCAGGGACUGAAGCUUUAGGAACUGGAAUGUAUAAAAACCAAGCUGCACCAAAAACAGCCAGCCAAUCACAGCAAACCAAACCAACGACAACCAAAGACAACCCCCCCCCCCCCAGGACACUCUCAACUUAUAGGUGCAGAGGAUGACGAGCGCAGGGGCGAGGACGGCGGGGAGGGUGCCUUGUCUAUUAGCAUUGCUAUAGAAACGACCCAGGGGAUGAUGCUCCCGUGCGAUACCGUGGAUACAGAAUGCUGCUACCAGGACAUUCAGUGGAACAAACCAAAGUCUCAUGCAUACACACAGGGGAAAAAAUAUUAAAGGGAACAAUUUAUUGAAAGUUAUAUAUAUAUUAUAUAUAAAAGAAGACAGAAACCCUAAAUAAGCAAUCUUACUAUGAUGGUUAUUAUAAUUAUUACGAUAAAAUUAUUUCAUUUAUUUAUUUCAGCUCUGUGUGCAGCAGUCUUUCUCGACUCAGUAAACCUUACAGAAACAUUUCUUGUGUCUCCCAGCAUCUUUAAACUGCUUCUCCACCUGCUUGAUUUUCUGUCAAGGAUAAUAUUGUAGAAAGAGAUUCAAGUUUGUGAUGUUGUGGGCUGGCUUUUUUGCUCAAUUAGUUGAUCGACACAAAAAUAACUGGAAACUAUUUUGAUAAUUAAUAAUUGUAAGUCAUGUAUCAAGAAAAAAAUCCCAACAUUUGCUUGUUCCAGCCACUUGAACAUGAGUGUUUGAUGGUAUUCUAUGUUUUGUAGCCCUCUAAAUGGAAUAUCUUUGGGUUUUAGACUGUUGGUUAAACAAAACAAGAAAACUGAAGCAAUUUCUUUGGGCUCAAAGAAAUUGUGAUACGCAGUAGAAUUGGGCAUUAUGAUGAUAUGUACAAUGAUGCAAUAUACAUUUGUCAACCAUCA